AAAAGUUCAAACAUGUGAUUUGUGCAAGCUGAAGUAGACUGACAGAUUACCCAGGAAUACAGGAUAAUGGUCAAAAUAUGCUUCAAAUCUGCUUCAAAACCAGUAGGGACUCUUCUGUUUUGGGUGUUUCUGUGUCUAAUGUUCACGACGCUGCAAACUCUAGUUACAAAUGGACAGAAACACACAGUGAGACAGACAGCAUCAACCCCGCCUACUGAAGUGCUGACCACUGCGUACAUCAGAGCAGAUCUCGGCCAUGGAGAGAGAAACACAUUUGGCUGUGCUAACAAGACCAUCUGUAACAUAUACUGUUCAUUUUGUGUGAGCAAUUCUUGGACACCUCAAGAAUGCUAUGAAGCCCUGGUUCAAUGGUUAUGUCAAAUUAAUUUUAAAAAUACGAUGGAUUCCAUUAACAGUACCGACUGGUGUUCAUUGGAUCGAGUGAAAAGUGUCUACAACAACUUCACUGUGUGUACUGAGUCUAUUGCUGACUGUUUGCUGCUUCCCUGGCCUAAUCAUUUUGUGGAGCACACAUUUGUGGAUAUCCACGCCACCUAUUUUCUAGAGUGUCCCACAGAGGGACUGAGAGACCCCCCUCCCAGCAUCAUCCUUGCCCUAGUCAUGACCCCCAUAUGCCUAAUCCCUGCUAUGGUGAUUCUAGUUGUUCUCAAGACCAAAAAUGGAGAUAGGAGGGCCUAGAGAAGAUUCCAUGUCCAAGAAGAUUUUGUUCUUAUAUACCUUGAUCCCACCUCUUCCCCAGGAUAAUUUCCUGGCCUGAAACUGAGCAAAUGAAUUUGUCUCUGACUGUCUCCAGGUUUGGAUGACCAAUAGUUUGUCCGGGCUAUGACUGGAAAAUGUUACUGCACCUCAAUGAGACUGAGUAAAUCAUUAUCAUUAGGCAUUAUGAUGACACUUUUUUUGUUGUCAUCAGGUUAUGAAUGCAUAAUCCACUGAAAUGUGAAAUGGCAAUGGUUAAAAUGUUCAUCUGAAGUUAUCAGACUUACUGUGUACAUAGCCAGAUGUACAAGACAACACAAUGCAGAACCCCAGUGGCCACUUUAUGCACUGUAAGAAAUAUGUUAUCUUAACCCAUGUUUUAAUGUAGAUUUUGUUGUUAGUUAACUGACGAGGGCUGUUUAGCUGGCUCUGAUAAUAGCAAAGUCUUUAUUUCAUUUCUAUUUUGACACAAGUCAUAAAGGUUGACUUUUAAAAUGUAUUAUAUGACAACUAUUGAGGAAUUAAAUGUUAAUGAGUCAAUUUGUAUGCAUGACAGAACAAAGCCAAAAGAACAGACUAACAGCUUUCAACUGGCAGCUUAUUGAAUGUCUUUUUAUUUAUGCUGUUUUAGUUAACAACAUACAUGUCUCUCUGAAAGAAAAAAAAAUGGUGACUGUUAAAAUAAGAAGGAUUACUUUAUAUCAGUGAUGUGCACAGACCUUAGCAGGGGCAGGGUCGGAAGGACAUGGACAGAGUGUGAAGAGAAAUCUGCCAAGGACCUGAAAUAGAAACUGGCCCAAUAGUUGUUGAGCACCAGGGGCGCUCAACAACUUUAGAUUUGUGAAUGAAUGGGGCGCCCCUGCAGCCCCGUUCUGUGCACGUCAGUGCUUUAUAUACAGUGUGUUGUAAAGUUAUCUUUACUGGCAUUGUCCUUACUAAUGUUUGAAACACUGCGCCUUACACUGUUGACUUAGUGGCCACAGAACUGCAUAGUAUACUGUAGCUCUACAUAGCAUUAUCAUUACUGUAGAAUUUGUAGACCUGUGAAUAAGAUUUGGAAUGAGAAUCAUUUCUUGUUUCAUAAUAAUUUCAAAAGAUAAGGAUUGUUUCCAAGUGAAGAAAGGAAAGCAAUUUGUAAGACAUUUCAAGCCUUUUUAUGCCAUAUCUGUCUUAAAAGAGAAAAAUUAGACAAAUUGUACUGAUAUUUAAAUUGACUGUUUUUUUUGUCAAAUAUACAUUUUCUUUACAGUUUUCUUUUCUUUUCUGGUGUGCAUCUGUACCGAGCACUUUGCAGAACCACUUUAAGAGUCUGUGAAGCAUACUUUUAUACUUUAAUAUGUUACCUUUUAUUUUAAGGAAACUUUUUCUCAAAUUAAAAUAAAUUUUUCACCUAUA